CAGUUGUCAAACGGUGGUUAUGGAGAUGAGAUGGGGCUAACAAACUGUCUUUGUAGUUGGUGCGUUGGAGCAGGAUGCCACGUAAGAUAGGAUUCACCGUGGUCAGCUGGUCUGGCCAUGAAGAAAAUUAUAGUGCCAAGGAGCUCAUGGUUCAUGCUCCCACUGUCAGUGGUUGGAGGUCUGCCAGGUUCUGUACAUUCCCACAAGAGAUCACGCUGCAGAUGGUGGAGAGAUGUCGCAUCAGGAAGCUGCAGCUGCUGGCCCAUCAGUACUUGAUUUCUGCCAAGAUUGAGUUCCACAUCGGGGGCAAGCUGCCAGAAGCGGCCUCCCCUCAAAACUCCCACCAGCUUCAUAGACUUGGGUACGUGUCACUCUCAAACAAUGAGAAAACAGGCUUCAGAGCUCGAGAGUUGAAGUCAGUGCAUGUAGAUGCGGUGGGGACGUAUCUGAAGCUCACCUUCCACCGGAACCAUGUCAAUCAAUAUAACAUCUAUAACCAGGUUGCACUGGUGGCUAUAAAUAUAUUAGGUGACUCGGUGGAUUGCAGUGAUAUCAGCCCAGCACCCAGCAGAGAUCGGCUAAUUGAGCAAUAUCUCAGCAGCACACAGCACAGCUCAGCACUGGAUGGCUCAUACACAGGGUCUAAGUAUGAGUCUAUCUCGCCGCUGGAUGAUUUGGCGUUUGACAUGUAUCAGGACCCUGAAGUUGCCCAUAUCAUUCGCCUACUGGAUGAUAAGAAGCAAGACAUGGUCCGGUUAGAGAGAUACGACCUGGCCAAAAAGCUCAAACAGGCCAUUGCAGACCUACAAAAGGUAGGGGAGCGUCUGGGCAGGUAUGAUGUUGAGAAACACAGUGCUAUAGAGAGAGAGGAUUAUGACACAGCUAAGCAGAAGAAAGAGCAGAUGGAGUCAUACAGACUCAAAGUGUACCAGCAACUCGAGCUACAUGACCUGCUGGAUAUAGGACAGUUACAGGUCCAGAGAAUGGCAGAAGAGGUGUCCGAUUGUAGCAUUCCCUCUCCACGUGUCCGGCCACUCAAACAUACCACAGGUCUUUCCCAAUCACCAAAGAAGAAGAAGCCAGUGCAGCCUUUGGUGCGGGAGGUUCAGAUUACACCUAAACAUAUGAGCCCCCAUCAAACACAUCCAACACCCCAUUCCCCGCCUCCUCAUCUCCCAAAUACUGACGUCUUAUCAAUGCCAUAUGAUGAGAGACCUCUGCCUGCCUUGAGGAAGAGAUCAGGAGAGCAGCCUCAGCAUGAACACUUAGCUGCUCUGCUGGACUCAAGUGACCCCCGCAGUCCUAGAGCCACUGGAGAACCAGAGCCUCUCACUGAGAAAGCUCAAAGAGAGGCCAGUCUGCCUAUAGAGGUCUAUGGAGACAGUCUGGUGGCUGGAGUGUACUCAAAAACUUGGUCCUACAGGGAAGAUGCAUUACUGGCUGUGUGCAAGAAACUGACCGAGGUUCCUCCCGGAACUCCGAAAGCGGAACUGAAAAACAUGAUGAGAGCAGCAGUUUUUCUCUGCAAGAAAGCACUUUCUGAUAAAGUGUCAUCAGUGUUCCAGGCUUCUCUGAAGCUGCUGAGGAUGGUUCUGAGUGAAUUUGUGUCCUCUCACCAGCUGGGCAGAUCUGAGGUCAGUUACUGUGGGGAGCAGAUCUGGCCAGCACUUCUGUCCCGCACUGGCGAGUCCACACCAAGGCUCAGGGCACUUGCCAUCACUUUCAUACAGGAGAUGGCUGUGUAUAAGGAGGUUCGUGCUCUACAGCUGGUGCCCACUGAGCUGGUAAAGCCCAUGAAGAGUAGCCUGCCUGCACGACUGGCCCUCAGCAGGCUCGAACUGCUGGAGAAGCUUCUCGAACAGCUUGGCACCAAAGAUUCCGGCUUUACCCUCGAAAACGUCAUGCGGUUUCUGACAGGUGUGUUGGAGCACAGCGCUGCAUCAGUGCGAGAACUGGCAGUACGAGUAGUGCAGACCAUGUACCGUCAACAUGGCCCUGUGGUGCUACACUACCUGCCUUCUGAGGAUGCCAACGAGCGCAAAAACGUCCUCUACAAGAACCUCUUUGACUCUUUCUCCAAGAUAGAUGGAAGGCUUCCAGACACACAGAUGCUAAAAGGAAGAAGCAUGCAGAAGGAAGGAGAGAGAGAGAAAGAGGAGAUCAGGAGUCUGCAAGAGCAGCUGGCUGUUCUGAAGGAGAUCAGUGAGAAGGGGAAAGAAAAAAACAAAUCACCUGAAAGGCCAGCUAAACCAGGUGUUACAAAAGGAACUCAUUCAAUUUCAGAUGAUGCAGUCAAAGCAAGCCAGUCAACUGUAGCAGACUACUUAGACAAUUUGUGUAUAUUCUGCGGAGAGAAAGACAAAUCUUUUACGGAGGAGGGCUUGGAUCUGCACUACUGGAAACAUUGUCCGAUGCUGUGUCGUUGCCUCCAGUGCAGACAGGUGGUAGAGAUUUCUAGCCUGACUGAGCACCUACUCACAGAAUGUGAGCACAGAGCUGAUUUUGUUCAGUGUCCUUGCUGUUCAGAGGCCAUCAUCAGAGAUCAGCUAACUGAACAUGCUCAAAGCACCACCUGCAACUCCCUUCCUGAUGGAAGCUGUAACCACUGUCCUUUAUGUCAUGAGAACUUACCUCCAGGAGAAGAGGGCUGGAAGUCUCACCUCAUGGAUAGCAGUGCAGGCUGUAAGCAGAACACACGCAGGACAGUGACGCUGCAGCGAGCUCACAUGCACGCACAAGGGAAGACAAUCAGCAUAGGCAUCUCGAAGACAACAACAUUUUCUGUUGUUAAAGGCAAAGGGGGCAGCAGGGGAAGUGGCCGAAUCCCUGCAACUGCACCACGGCCCAGCAGAACUAGUCACGUCAGUCCAGGCAAGACCGUGAACAACAGACCAGGACAAGCCUGAGGUUUAAUCUGAUCAGAUUUUCAGUACUGUCAUGUACAGUAACAGAAAUUUACUUCAAGUUUGAAUUUUACUUUGUGCUUUGAAUCAAUUUGGAUCUAAUGUGUUCAUGUUGGUUCCACAUGAACAAAGUACAUUACAUUAACACACUGCAGAAUUAAGAAACUGAAAAGCAGUUAUUGAGCUGACAUUACACAUUUGAAUCUAGUGAAUUCACUAGUGUACAAUUUUCUUUUUCACUGUACCCAUUUUACUCACAACCUUAAAGUGCUUCAGCCAUAAAGCUCAUCCUGCUAAACCCCAUUGGCAAAUGUCAUUGUCAAGAGCCACUUGGUCCCUCAUAGACUGAUUCUUUGAAGGGUUUUUGCCUUUUUACACUUACAAUAUUGGCGUGUCAUUCAGGGAGAGAUUUACAGUCAUUAUUGUUAAAUAAAAAUAUUAGGCCCAUAUCAUGGAAAACAGAGUUUUCUUGCUUGUAUGUAAUAGGAGUUUGAUGUUGUAUGUAAACAUUGUUAAAAUUUCCAACGAUACUGUUUACUUCCCAGUCCACACAGUUCAUAUGGGCAAACUAAGCUGCAAAAACAGCCUGUUUUGAAUUCAUUGUUUUUGCGAUGUUAUGAAACCAAUACUUUAACAUACAACCCUCUUUCCAAAAAAGUUGUGAUGCUGUGCAAAAUGUAAAUAAUUACUUGUAAAUCAUUUAAACCCCAUAUUUAAGUGAAAAUAGUACAAAAAUAAGAGAUUUUUUAAAAUUACACCCAUUUAGAGUUUGAAGCCAGCAAAAUGUUUGCACAAUGUUUACUGUGUUGCUAUAGUUUUGAAAGAGAAAUGUUUUCCCAUUCUUGCUUGAUAUAUAAUUGCAGCUGCUCAACAGUUCAGGUUCUUCUCUGUCAUAUCUUUUGCUUCAUAAUGCUAAAAAUGAUAUCAGUGGGUGACUGCAGUCUAGCCAGUUUAGCACCUGGACUCUUUUACUAUGAAGUUAUGCUGUUGUUGUAUGUACAGAAUGUAAUUUGGCAUUGUCCUGCUGAACUAAUCAAGGCCUUCCCUGAAAAAGACGUUGUGUGGAUGGCAGCAUAUAUUGUAAUAUAAUGGUGCCUUCCUAGAUGUGCAAGUCACCCACACCGCGGGCAAUAAUGCGCCCCUGUACUAUCACAGAUGUUGGUUUUGAACUGUGUGCUGAUAACAAGCCUCAGUGCUCAGUGGGUAGGGCUGUCGUAACCAGGGUCGUUUCUGUGCGGAGAUUGCAUUUUCUCCCUGUGUCUGCAUUGGUUUCCUCCCACAGGCCAAAGACACGCAUUCAGGUGAAUUGAACAUGCUAAAUUGCCCCUUUGUGUAAAUGUAUAUGUCUGUCUGUCUGCCCUUUGCCCACUGUCUUUCACAGAGUGGCGAACCCUCCCCAUCUUUACGUCUGACUUUCAGCCUCUCUGGGAUGCUUUUUAUACCCAGUCAUGUUACUGACCUUUUGCCAAUUAACCUAAUUAGUUGUGAUGUUCCACCACGUGUUUAUUAACAUUACACAACAUCACAAGUCUUUUGCUGCCCCUGCCUCAACUUUUUUAAAACAUACUGCUGGCAUCAAAUUCAAAAUGGGCAUAUAUUUUUUAAA